CUCUGGGCCCGAGCAUUCGCGCACUCGCGCACAGCAGCCAUCCCAUCAUGGCGCAGCCGCAACUCAUCGCCCCAGAGCAGACCCACGGGCAAUCCCGCUGCGCAAGGUGUGAUCCCUGCUUCAAUGCGCCCAUCUCCUGCUCUCUGGGCGUCGCCCUGGUGCUCGGCGGCGCCGCCCUCUUCCUGGUGAACCCAUUCUUGGCUGCGGCCGUGGCGGUGGCUGGCCUGGCCCUGGCGUACUGCAGCGUGUCGCAGGCGUGCCGCCGGAGGCUGCGCCUGGGUGGGUGGCCGGUGUCGGAGCCGGGCAGCUUGCAGGAGAUCCAGGAGCUCUUGCGAGCGCAGGAUGCACCGCUUGCUGUGGGGGAGGCCUGGUCGUACCACAUCGGCCUGAAGAGCGUCAAGGACCAGAAGGAGAAGGUCAUCGCCCUCGGCAACAACUGGGCCGGGGUGGUGGCCAUGACCGAGACGUCCGUGCGGGUGAAGUCCGGGAUGCUGUGGGGGGAGUUGAUGCGGGAGCUCUGGGAGGUGAACAAGGCGCCCAUGGACCGCCCGGCCUUUGACCAGAUGUCCUUGGGCGCCUCCGUGCGAGUGGCGGCCCAUGGCUUUCACGUGGGCGGGUGGUUCAUCGACUACGUGCUGGCCGUGCAGGCGGUGGAGCGGGGCACUGGGCGAGUGGCGGAGGCCAAGCGCGGGGAGGCCGACUUCUGGACGCUGUGCUUCAACGAGGCUUGGGUCAUCACGGAGGUGGAGCUGGAGACGCAGCAGAACCGCCUGGUGAGAGUGGAGGGCAAGUCGCAGAGUGCCAAUGCCAGCACCACCCAGGAGGAGGUGGACAGAUACGUCCAGGCAGAGGCGACGGAGUGGCGCGAGGCGCCCUUUGUGAACAUGAGCAUCGGGGGUACGGCCAUCAAUCGCAAGUGGUACACCCUGGACCCGGUCGGGGUGGACGACAAGGACCAGAACUGCCUCUCUUAUCGCCUGAGCCUCGCCUGGAUCGGCGUGUCCGGCAUCGACAGCCUGGGAGAUGCGCAGACAAUCAUGCGCACCCUGUGGCUGGUGAGCACCACCGUGUCGCGCUGGCUGGGCACCGCCAACUUCGAGUUCUUCGUCCAGGAGCGGCUCAACUGGGACCAGGUUGCGUUGACCUUCGUGAAGUUCCACGCCACCUACGGGGGCCGCACCGACUUCCGGGAGCGCGUCCGUAACGGGAAGGCCGUGACGGCGCUGGAUGCGGUGAUCUACCCCAAGGACAUCGCAUCGUGGUUCGAGAUGGUCUACAACCAGCUGAAUCUCACACAGGGAAUCUUGCAUCCGGGCAAGUACGACGCUUCGUCGAGCGCGGGCAAAGUUCGGAUCCUGGACUUUGCGAGCUUUUGGACGCAGAUCAGCAGUUGAGGGGACAGUCCCAACCUGCCUCUGCAACUCCUUUGCAUCGUUUUGGGUAGACCGGUUUUGAUUGUGACCCUGAGCCUGACAGGGCUCCUGAGAUACCAACUUGGCCAGUUUGAAACAUGCCCCCGCACCUAUCUUGCGUCGAGUGGAGAUACUUACCCAGAGUUCAUAUCCUGCGUUUCCCUGGGGGUGUUCCACUUGACGAUGGUGCUGUCUGUUACAGACGCGCGACAGCAUUCAUCUUUGGCGGGCUCAAGCCGUGCCAGAGUUGCGAGGCGCCAUAAAUAGCCCUCGCGGUUUUAAGGGACCUCUUCUGCCCGCGGAGGAAGAGGUCUGAAUGGGGCAGACGAUAAAUGAGGAACUGACAAAAUUGCUGGCAGUCUUGGC